GCCUUAGAGAAGCACGGCUGUUCAUUGCUUUGUGAUUAAUUCUCUAGGCCAAUUAGCCUCCUAUUUCAGUGGAAGCGCACCAUUGUCUAUCGCGGGCCUAUCUUUUCCGUUCUACAUCGAGGGUUUCUCAGCAGCAAAGUGACGCAACAUGGCGUCGCCAGGCACGCCCAAGACCAUGUCUUCUAGGCUACUAACUAUGAAGUUUAUGCAGAGAGCCGCCGCUUCCUCGCCUGCCUCAACCCCAAGUACCCCCCCCUCUCAAGACGAGUCCAACAAGCGUCGAAAGGUCGCGCAUAACGACACACCACCUCAGAAUGUAGAUACACUUGUGAAUCAAGCAGCUAUUAGGGCGGCUAUCGCGGAAGAGGAGAAGAAAGUGGAAAGCGCCAUAAUCAAGCGUGCUGAGGAGUUAGGUGACGCACGCUGGGUACUCGACAUCCCUAGCCAGAAAAAGGGCCAUCCGGCGCCAGCUCCUUUGAAGGUUGUUCAGGUUGGCUUUGCAGAUAUUGACUCUUUUGAUGCUACGGAGAACGACGUCGACGAAGCCAAUACCUCAUAUGAUAGCGUUCCGGCUCUUCGUCGAUACAACAUGGAUAAAAAAAAGAUACUCAAGAAAUCCCAUAAUCACAGCAGUGACUCCAGUGAUGGAUCUGACUCUGACUCGGAGUCUGACUCUGAAGAAUUGUCUUCGGAAGAAACCACUGGACGACAAUCAUUUGGUUCCCAGUCACGGAAUGGCUCUAUGGCUCAGUCCACUGCGCGGGCGACAUUGAAAAGCAAGAAAAGCGCAGAACAGCUCAAAGCUAUGCAAUUUGCCGAGAGGCGCAGGAAAAAGGAGGUCAAGCUGAAUAAACCAAAAGGUGGUAUAUCCUCAAUCUCAUCCGGAGGUGGCCCCUCUCCCAGACAGCCUGUGAGUCUCACUUGCUUUAGGUGCAAUCAGCCAGGGCACAGGGCCGUAGACUGUAAGAAGCCUGGAAGCCGGCAAGCACGCUGAGGAGCAUCGUCCACUCACUCAACACACAUUGCAUACUUUGACUAGCAUAGCCUUGCAAUUUGACUUGGCAACUCGUCGUAUAGUUCGGGCUACUUCUAUAGGUGUCAACGAUCUAGGUUCCUUUGCCCGUGACGCCUACGCUAGGAGCCAGGUCCCGGAGACCCACAGUCAACGCCGAAGCGCUUUGAUUACCUGUUUGGAUGGAAUAUCCAGGAUCCCUUCGUA